CCUGCCAUAGUUUUGCAACCCGUGGUUGGCAAAAAUGCAGUUUGCCAACCAAGCGUAUAAAGGUCUAUACACGGGAGCUUGUGGUAUACACUUGCACCAAACCUCUUUAGUCUGAUGAGGUCCUUUGCGUUUAUUCUUCUGACAAGAGAAAAAAGGAGAAAGGCUUUUCAUGUCGGUCUUUUCUAACAAUAGUCCGCAUACCAGACGUAACCACUCAUAGACGGUUCCAAAAGACAACAUUUAUUGUCUUCAUAAUGUCAGCUACUAACAACAAUCACGGCUAUGAAACUUCGCUGCAGGGGACUAUCGCCCAACACCAAAUUGAGGACGCAGCGGCAUAUGAGAAUAUAGCCAGCGAGAGAGCCAGCCCUCUCUUUCGCGGCCUAUGCGCGUCUUUCAGAGUAUCCGACAGGUGUUUUCAAGCUCUACUUGAUGACGGCUGGGACCAUCCAGAUCAGUUCCGAGACCUCACCUCGGAGUGGCGGGAUCAUAUUCUAGCUCUGGCUCCCAAUGGCGGCCAGAAAAAAAAUGUGGAGAAACUGUUGGACAGAGUGCAGGCUGGACUUGUCAGCGGCCCCGCUGCAAACGAUCGGCGUGUUGACGCGGACGCGUCCACCCACCUGGAAGGCAACACGGCAGGCUCGAGUGGAAAUGUGGGCAGGGACUCUGGCCUCCGCGGGACUGUGGAUGUAAUAGACCCCUCAUCAGGACGCGAAUAA